AAAUCACUCUUUACUGUAGCAGCUUGAGUUGGAGAUUUCUUGGGCUAGUAGACAGGGAUGAGAAGGAAGGGGGGCGAAUUUCUACGACCAGGUUGGAGUCCCUGCACGGAGGGAUGUUUUCGCCAAUCGGCGAAGUGAGACCAGAAGGCAGUUACUUCGGUUCGCCAACUGUGCAAGACAAAAUAGAUGCAAGGCACUUUUUUUUUAGCCCGUACAGAAGCACAUUCUUAUACUAGUAUAUAUUUCUGCCCUCGGCCUCCGUCGUUAACGGAAUAUCAGUCGUCGAGCCUUAUCACCACCUAGUAUUUAUUGCGGCCUUGAAGCUGUGGAGAAGGACGUGAGUGCUUCGACGGGAAGGAUUUUGCUUGUCUGAAUUUCCCCUGUCACUGAAUAGUAGACUUCGCAAGCAAUCUUACGGAGGCGCCCUCGAACCGUUUCUUACGGAUCGAUAAGGCGGCCAAGAUCUAUUUAUUCCUCUAUCUACUUCUUCUUGAUCAUCAGAACAGGCGGGAUUCGGACAGAUAGCGGAGCUCGGGAUGACGAGCAUGGAGGAUGAGCAGUCCUUACAACUGUCAGAUGGAUUCGCUAACACGCAAAAUCUCGACCACUGUAUCGCGUACCUGAACGAGUCAUUAGUACUGCUCGGUCUUCCACCGACCCUCGCACUGCGAUCCGAUGAAGCGGCGUCGAUGGCGACGGCGUGCGACUGCAUAUACCAGCUGGUGCAGCAGCGACAGGCGGAUGCGAAGCAGCGCGACGACCUGGCGACGCAGCGACACCGCCUGAUGUGCGACCUGGCGACGGCGGAGAGUCGCACGGAUCGUCUAGAGGACGAGCUGGAGGUCGCUAGGCGAAAGAUCCAGUCGCUCAGAGCACAGGAGCAAAAGGCGGCGGCGGAGUUCAAGGCGCAGAUCAAGAAGCUGCAGGCGGAGAGGGACGAGCUGAACAAGCACGUCAUCGCCCUGCAGCAAGUGAAGGCGCAGCAGGCGUUCGAGCUGCGAAAGGAGAAGCGGGAGUUUUUGAAGCUGCAGGAGAAGCUAGCGUCGUCCCUGGGGGCCAAGCGCACCGCCACACGGCAGCCAGGCGUCGACAUUGUCAACCUCAACCCCCAGUCAGAGGGCAAGCAGAGGGCCACGUGGGGUGGGAAGAAGACUGAGAGUGACUUCUAUAAGCGCAUGAUGGAGGCGCAUGAGAGACAACUGAGGGCGGUGGGGGAGGACAGCAAGCAGCUCAUGGCCGUCAUUCGCUCCAUGCAGACGGAUCUGCAGGCGGUUACUGACGAGUACAGCAAGGGCCUGCCCUCUAAGGCGGGUGGUGAUGCAGCAGCAGAGGGCAAACAGUGUGGAGGAGGGGAGGGGAAUGGAAGCGACCAUGAGAAGAGCGCAGAGGAGGGAGGACGCGGAAGGGAGGAAGGGGAGGGGGAUGGAGGGAGUGAGUGUGGGUCAGGGACUGCGGAGGAGGUGGAAGACGAGGAGGAGGAGAGCAUGGACGUCUACGCCCUACCGCCCAACAUGGCAUGUCCGCACGUCAUGGACCUGCACCAACGCAUCCUCACCACCAUUCGAGCCCUCGUCGAGAGAGCGGCACAGCAGCAAGCAGCAUCUGCUGCAACAGGUGGUGACAAUACAGAUGCUGGUGACAGCGCCACUGGUGACAAUAGUGCUGGUGGCUGUAACGAGGUGGCAGCCUUGAGAGCUGAGCUGGAGGCAUGCAGAGAGCGGAUGGCAGAGCAGGAGCUGUUGAUCUGCAACUACAUGCACACCCCAGGGAGUUCAAAGAAGCCACCACUUGAUUAUACCAACAGAUGGACACUUAGUGGUACCCCAAUUCGCCCAGCCAUCUUUAGCUAGUCGCAGGCUGGGCGAUGUAGACUUCUGACAUGCAAGAUGAGUUUAUAGCUAUUAGCUGGAAAUGAUAGUUAUUCCCUGUAGUUUGAUGGCGCCAUAAGGCACUUGAAGGAUUGCAUAUGUACUGUCACUAUCACAAUUUAUUCGGUUUGCUGUGAAUGAUGGCCG